AUGUGCACUUAUUAUGGUUACAGUGGGCAUGUAGUUGACAAGUGUUAUGAGCCACAUGGUUAUCCUCCAGGGUACAAAGGUAAACAGAAAACUGGUCUAAAUCAAAUGCAUCAUUCUGGCUAUCAUGUUGCUGCUGCAAACCAGAUAUCUGAUUCCAAUCUAGAGCAUAUAUAUGACAAUGUAGGGAACUUUGUGCAAACACUAAAUCCCACACAAUAUCAACACUUAUUGAAUGUGCUGAGUACUCACCUUUCAGCCGCAAAGGGUGACACAAAAGGAGAUGGUGAGGGAGAUCAUGUAUCAGGUACCUCCAUCCAAAAUGCUUAUGUCACAUUUCCUAAUCGUCAAAGAAUUCCUGUCCUCUACAAGGGUAUUAGCUCUAAUUUGAUUCUCAAGGAUAUCCUAUUUGUGCCCCAACUGAAGUUCAAUCUACUAUCUGUUAGUUCAUUGACAAAGGAUUCAUCUAUAAUCAUUAAGUUCUUCACUAACUUGUGCAUUAUUCAGGAUCUGUCCAGCUUGAGAAUGAUUGGAAAGGCUAGAAGAGCGGUAGAUCUUUACAUAUUGGAAGCAGAUUUUUCUGAUUUUAACAUUUGCCACAGAUAUUUCCUCACUUUGGUAGAUGAUUGCACACGGUUCACAUGGAUAUAUCUCAUGAAGCAAAAAUCAGAUGUUGAGUUCAUUAUUCCUAAGGCUUUCAAGAUGGUUGAAACACAGUUUCAGAAGGGAGUUCUACAUCAAUUUUCAUGUGUUGACAGACCUGAGCAAAAUUCAAUGGUAGAGAGGAAACAUCAACACCUCCUAAAUGUGGCUAGGUCAUUGUCCAAGUUUCACCCAAGAGCCAAACCAUGUGUGUUUGUCGGCUAUCCCCCUGGAGUAAAAGGCUAUAAGUUAUAUGACAUAUCUUCCAAAACCUUUUUCAUUUCCAGAGAUGUGGUCUUUCAUGAGUACCUUUUUCCUUUUUCUUCCAUCCCACAUGAAAAUGAUCUUAUUGAUCCCUUUCCUAACAUUGUUUUACCCAAACCUGAACAUGAUAUUGCUCCACCAUCUACAUCAGUACAUGAUAAUCAACCCAUAAUCGUUGAUCACAACACACAAUCAAGUCCUCAACCUGUUAUUCUUAGAAGAUCUGGUAGGACCAUCAAGCCACCUUCUUACCUUCGAGAAUUUCAUUGUAAUCUCUUGAAAAACUCACCUGAGAUGUCAAACUUUGCUAUUCCCUAUCCUUUACAAAAGUACUUGUCCUAUAAAUCCUUUUCACCUUCAUAUUGUAGUUAUUUACUGAAUGUCUCCUCUGACUUUGAACCACAACAUUACCAUGAAGCAGUUAAAUAUAGUUCUUGGAGAGAAGCAAUGGUAGCUGAGUAG